UUACAAUUGGCGAGAUUGGAAAAGCAAGUGGUCAGAGCUGUUGCAUCGGGUCAUUCACCCAGUGAUCUGGCUUGUACCAAAGGCUUUAUGAUUAGAAUGGAUAAGUUGGAUAAGGUUAUCGAGGUAGAUCCUUCCAAUUGCACGAUAACAGCCCAACCAGGAAUCUCUCUAACAUCCGUACAUGCGCACCUUUCGCGAUACGACCUGGCCAUGUCCAACGUUGGAUCUAUCUCGGAACAAAGUCUUGGUGGCUGUGUCUCGAGUGGUACCCACGGGAGUGGGAUUUCAUUUGGGAGCGUGGCGAGUCAAGUUUUGGACGUGGACGUCAUUUUGGCGUCGGGAAAGAAGGUUCGGUGUAAGAAAGGUGAGUUAAAGGGGGAAAACAAUGAGAGGCUGUUCAUGGCGACGCUCUGCGGAUUGGGAACGACGGGAGUUGUGGUGAGGGUAACGUUGAAGGUAGAGAAGGCGUUUAGAUUGAGGGAGGUCAGAGAGUUGAUUUCGUUUGAGGCUUUUGAAGGAGUGACGGUGGCGGCGAAGGACGUGAACGGUGUUGCAAAUGGGAAUGGGAUCGGUAAUGGAGUUUCCCACGCUCAUGGGGAAGUCAAGAAAGGAGGAUUGGAAGAGGUGAUGGCUAGCGCAGAACAUGUGAGGAUAUGGUGGUAUCCUCAGUCUAACCGCGUCUGUCUGUCGAGGUCCAAUCGGACAUACGACCCUCUCCCUCUCCCUCUCCCUCCCUCAUCCUCCUUUACGUGGCUCCAUUCCCUCUCGCCCCGUACCCUCUCGAGGGUUCUAGAAACUUGGUUCUGGGACACGUUCCUAGGGCACUCGGUCCUCCAAUUUUCGUACUUUGUGGGGAGGCACUUCCCCGAGGUAAAUUAUUACGCGGGGUUGUUUUAUUCCAGCGAGGCCUUUUUCAGGAGGUCACUUGGCGUCGGACUGAAGGCCAUUUUGACAAUCGGGAUCGGUUCGUUGUGGAGGUGGAGGUGGAGACCUGGGAAAAGCGUUUCGUCGUCGAGGUCUUCUCCUUUCACUCACCCACGUACUAAUGGGAUCACCAAUGGUCAUACCAUCAAGACCGAUUCUGACCAUCAUCGUGACCAUAUUCAUCCCUCCCCUACCCACCCAACAAUCACCCUCUUCGACGUAUCGCACAAAAUCUUCAACGUCGAUUGCCUCUUCCCUCAAUACACGAUCGAGUAUUCGAUCCCACUCUCGAACGCCACUUCUUGUCUUCGAGACGUGAAGAAGUGGUUAGAUGAAGAACACUCGAAGAAAGGUGGACUGAGACCUCAUUUCCCUAUCGAGGUGAGAUGUAGCGAAGCUGAAGAUAUUUGGUUAAGUCCUGGGUUUGGGAGGGAAAACUGUUGGAUUGGGAUCAUCGUUUACAAACCAUAUGCUCUUCCAAUGGAACACGCUCAACUCUUCGCUCACUUCUCAUUCAUCAUGCGUUCGCACGGUGGUCGUCCACAUUGGGCUAAGACACACGAUUUUAGUCCGGUCGAUUUGCAUCAACUUUAUCCGAUGUUUGGAGAGUUCUUGAACGUUGUGAAGGAAGUUGAUCCGGAAGGGAUGUUUAGGAAUGAGUAUGUGAAGAGGCAUUUGUAUGGAGAGGGAGGUGAAGGUGAGAAGGAUGCGGUUGGGUUGGAGGUAUUCAGGAAGGAUGUGUGAUGGAGUUGGUUGGACAGGCUGCGCAGCCGGGAUGGGGUUUCUUCGUUGGAAUCGGGGGCUGUAGUUUCAGUCAGACAUCAAGUCGGAUCAGGUUCCAGUCGGAUGACGCGGCGAUCGCAAUUACGCAAGUUUUACCUUUUUACCUUUGUGAUCCUUCUUACAGUUCAUUUCCAAUUUUCGUUACCUUUCUUCCUCCUAUCCUUACUCAAAAGAAACCUUCCUCCUCUUCUCUUAAUUUCUGGGGCUUCUAUGUUGUCCAAGGUUCGCUUCAGGGGUUUCCCGCUAGAUAUUAGAUCAUACAGUAGACCGGUUAUGAACAACGAACAAUUGCAAGCCGUGGCAAUCGGUCCGCGAAUGAAAAAAAAAAAGCAAACGUUCCCUGUAGUAUUACAAAGCCAAUGCAGUUGUCCUGUCCAAGUGCUCAUCUCGUCGUGUUCUUAGUGCGAAUGGAGUGUCAACAUAUUGUCAUUCGGG